GCCUCAGCAGCGAUGAGUUCAGUUCAGUAUCUGAGAGAGUUCAUCAAGGAGAGACUAACUGCUGUUUGUGAAGAAAUCUUCUCAGAGGUUCAAAAAACCAUCGUCCAGUAUGAGGAGGAGAUCAACCGUCAGCACAGACUGCUGGAUAUCAGCCGGAAACCCGACAGAAACUCACACAUCAUAGAGGGGAGUCUGGGUGAGCAGCAGGUCUGUAAUCAGGAGACGAACUCCAGUCUGGACCAGGAGGACCCAGAGCCUCCACAGAUUAAAGAGGAACAGGAGGAGCUCUGCAGCAGUCAGGAGGGAGAGCAGCUUGGACUGAAGCAGGAGGCUGAAGACAUUAUUGUCUGGAUUGAUGAAGAGCAGCUCAGGCUGCUGGAGAUGGUCUGGAAACCUGAGAUGCAGUCACACAGAAUAGACCUUCACCAGCAGAGUGUCCAUGAUGAGGAGAUGGUCACCAGAGAGAAGCAGGUCUGUAAUAAAGAAAGGAACUCCAGUCUGGACCAGGAGGACCCAGAGCCUCCACAGAUUAAAGAGGAACAGGAGGAAGUGUGCAGCAGUCAGGAGGGAGAGCAGCUUGGACUGAAGCAGGAGACUGAUACUUUCAUAGAGACUCCGACUUAUGGGGAAAGUGACUACAGUGAACCAGAACCAAACAGUGAGCAGUUCAUUUCUCACAUCUCUCCUGAAGCAGAGAGCCGAGAUCAUGACGAAAGCCAGCGUGUGGACUCAGGAUCAGCUAGAAAUGCAGAGCUGAAAAAGAAUAGAUAUGACAGAAAGAGAAGUCACAGUCAGAGAGUAAACAACACUUCUGUGUCAGAGAGUCAGAGUAAACCUCAGAACAGGCAUAAGCAUCUGAUAUGUGACAUAUGUGGAAAGCUUUGUCAAAAGAAAUCCAAAUUGAUUAACCAUCGGAGAAGUCACACAGGUGAGAGACCGUAUUCCUGUAACACCUGUGGGAAAAGAUUCUUACAGAAAUCACAUUUGAGUAAUCAUGUAAAAAUUCACUCAGAUGAGAAGCCACAUCUUUGCAGGACCUGUGGAAAAAGAUUCAAACUAAACUCUGUAUUGCAACGUCAUGUAAGAAUUCACACAGGUGAGAAACCGUAUUCCUGUAGCAGCUGUGGGAAAAGAUAUAGGCGGCUUGACCAUGUAAAGAUUCACAUGAAAAUUCAUGCUGUUUAAAGUGUCUUCCUCAGAAAAUGUGUUGUGAUUCGUCAUACUUCUUUUUGACAGAUGGAGGUUCUGCUGGGUUUUUUUUGUUUUGUUUUUGUUUUUUUGUUAUGCACUGAAACUGAAAACUCAGAAUUGCUGAUGUCAAAAUUAAUCAGCUCUUGAAUAUGCUUCCCAGAAUAGGGCAGUUUAUUACCUCAUUAUUAUAUAGUCAGGGAAAAAAACCUUUUGAACCUCUGCUGAAAUCUUUAGUCUGCCCACUAACAAAGGAAUUAUCAGUCUAUAAAUUUAAUGGUAGGUUUAUUUGAACAGUGAUAGAACAACAACACCGAAAAAUGCAAAAAAAAGUUAUAGAUCAAUUUGCACGUUAUUUAAUGAAAUAAAUAUUUGGUCCCUUUGCAAAACUUUUGAAACCUUUGCUUGGUGGCAAAACCUUUGUUUUCAAUCACAGAGGUCUGAUGUGUCUUGUAGUUGUCUACGAGUUUUGCACAUAUCUCAGUGGGGAUUUUGUCUCACUCCUCGUUGCAGAUCCUCUGAGUAAUUAAUGUUUCAUGGCAUCUCGAACCUUCAGCUCCUUCCACAGAUUUUUCUAUGGGAUUAAGGUCGCUGAGCCAAUCCUUUGUAGCCUUGACCAUGUGUUUUGGAUCACUGUCAUGCUGGAAUACCCACUAACGACCCAUUCUCAAUGCCCUGGCUGAGAGGAGGUGGUUCUCAACCAAGAUUUGACAGUACAUGGCCCCUUCCAUCCUCUCUUCAAUGCGGUGCAGUUGUCCUGUCCCGCUGGCAGAAAAACAUCCCCAAAGCACAAUGUUUCCACCUCAAUGUUUAACAUUGGGGACGGUGUUCUUGGAGUCAUAGGCCAUAUAGUUUUAGGCCGUAUGUUAUAAGUAUGUUGUUUUAUGUUUUUAUUGCCUGUUUCUAUUGUAAAGGACUUUGUAGUUUUUCA